AUGCUUCUUGCGCAAAAAAAUGCUGGGCCGAGCCCUAAAACAAUAAACGAAGCAAUCAGGCUCUUUUCAGGGUUAGCGGACUUUGAUUUUGAGCCUGGCUAUAAUGAUCAUGUAUACUUUCAAUAUUUGUCUAAUAAUAAAAAUGAUAUCUCUCUUCUAGGAGCCUAUCAUCCUGAAGAGAUUUAUUCAAAAUAUAUUAUUCGGGUAGCAGAAAAGGGUUUUACGGUAGUUGAUCAUCCAUCUGAAGUUUAUGGGUUUCCCGAUACUCACGAAUGUAUUGAUGGGAAUCUGCCUCUUCGCCUUGUUCUGGAUAUUGACGCAAGGCAGUAUUCUGAUCCCAUGAAUCCCGAACUCCCUUCCUUAGAUGGAUAUAAAAUUUCUCGCGAAGAUUUAUUAUCCAGAAUCUUAAUUGCCUGCACCGAUAUUAUAAACUCUAAUUUAAAUCAUUUCAUAAUAUUAGACGCUUUUGCCUUAGCCAGUUCGUCUAAUGCUAAUAAAUGCAGUUGGUAUAUCGUGUAUCCUUAUACCCGUUUUAUUGACUAUAGAGAUCUAGAGGGUUUUGUAAAAAAAGUCGCUGAUAAGCCUAAAUCCAAUUAUUCUGAAAUCUGGCCCCAAACCUUUUCCUCUGAGAAGCCAGAAAAAGAGGAAUUCCAACCCAUCGAAGAUAAAACUACCUUAAGCGUGGGAGCUGGCUUGGUUACCACAAAAUAUGGAUGGCUUAAGGUUGGCGACAUUAGAAAGGGAUUUAUUAACUUUCAAGCUCGGUCAUUGGAAGAAUGUCCCAUUUGCAAUAUCAAACACGAAAAAGAUCAGUUAUAUGGCUUUCUUCGAAGUAACGGCUGUUUUGUACUCAAAUGUUAUCGGCAGAAAAAUUAUAAACCAGAUCAUAAGGGAUUAGCGUUUGGAAAAGUGACCGAAGUUUCUGCAAAACCUAAGAGAGGAAUAGUCGAAAGAAUAGGUGAUGCUAUAUCAAAUCCACGUCCUCUUGUAGGAUUAUCAGAAAUGAUGAUUAAUGUAGAAAAAUUAAAGGAUGCUCCAGAAGUAUAUCCCAAUUUCUUGGAUAUUGAGAAAACAACAACACUUAUUCGUUCUCCCCAGGGACAUGGAAAACCAUUGCAUUAA